UCAUGUUAUAAGACAAACUUGAAACAUAGAAAAAAAGAAUUUUAAAAAUGGAUUCUUAUUCAUAUGCUAUUUCUUCUUCUAAUAAUAAUACUUCUUCUACAUAUGCAAAAGAAGUGAAGAAAAAUAAAAAAUUAGCUUCAUAUCAUUCCUCACUUCAUGGAGUUAGAAGGCUCCCAUUAAAACCAAUGACUAAACUACCAAUUGCACCUUUGCCACCAACACCUCCUAAAAUAUAUAGAGUUGAACCUAAUGAUUUCAAGGAUGUUGUCCAAAUGCUCACUUCAUCUCCCGAGUUUCAAACUGUCUCCAAUGAUUCUAUCUCUCGUUCUGAUUCUGGUUCUGGUUUUGAUUCUGGCUCUGGUUGUAGCUCUGGCUCUAGCUCUUUCAAUUCGAGGCGUUUACAGGAUAUUGCUCCUCCUCCACUUGAUCUCUCACCGGUUUCAUUACAAAGAAGUAACAAUAACAACAAUAAUAACAAUAAUAAUAAUGAUGAUUAUGUUCUUGAACAAUGGCGCGAGUACCUUCUUCCUUCUUCUUCUACAAACAACCAAUUUGAGAUGUGUGUUGAUUCAACAACGUUCGAAGCACAAGAAAGAUCACAUGUAAUGUCUCGGAUUCCAUCAGAAAAUUAUUUUGGGUCGUGUAGUCCCUUGGCUAAUUUUCCUCUAUCGCCCGCUUCUUUUGCAUGGUGUUCUUCUAUUCUCUUUAGCCCGGGGACACUUACUUCACCAAGCGCGGUUCAAAUCAUAUGAAUGUUUGCAGCUUAUAAUUAGUUCUUCAUGUUUAUUACUUGUGAGUUGACCAAGAAUUUGAAUUGGAAUAUCUAAAUGGGAGAUAUCACAAUUCAAAUACUUUGAUGAAAUUGCUUUUUUUUUUCCUUCUUUAAGAUGUUUUCUAUUUCCUAAAGUUAUGUUAAUUUGUAAUUUGUUAAGUAAUUCACUAUUUUCUUCAAUUG